AUGUGCUUACUUAUCUCGGAAUGGACGAUAACGCUGGUCAGAAACUCGAAACACCGACCGCCAUUUGACUCCAACAACGACCACCCAGCGCUGUUCCAACACGACCCCAGAACCAACCACGGCCAACAACUACUCAGGAGCACCAUCGACGGCCACAACGAUAACAUCGACUUUCUGCCACCACCCUUACAAGCGGCCCGACUUGAGGCGGCGUUGUCGCUGGCCCAGGGCGACAAUCGUUCCCAAAACUCGGCCCGCAGUGGGGACCAAAAUACCCGAUUUCUCCUGGCAACGGCUGCUAACAUAGCUCCCGGCAAGGACCAAUUCCAAAGACGAUGCGAAGUAGGCUUGAAGUGGAUCGACCUUUCUACCGCCUUUACUGUCAAAGGAGCUCGGCCCGGAAGCAACUCCCACCGCCAAUCGACUCCAACAACGACCACAGUGUGGGUGGGGACAACGCCGAGCUACGCGCCGUUGUCAGUGACGAACAACUCCAAAGCGUAA